UACCCACGUGGUGAGUUCAGAGCUCAAUAAUAAUUAUGCUGCUUCGCAAGUUCAUCCAGCCUGCGGUGGCAACUAGAUUUUUGUCUACCACAGCUCCGCUUCAUCGGGAAAAGUAUAUCAAUAGAGUUCAGUUGCUGGGGCGAGUUGGUCGGGAUCCGGAACAGCGCGGAGACGCUUAUCCCGUCGUGUUUUUUCCACUAGCCACCGCCCACACAAUCCGCAGCAGCAAUCAGGAUGAGCCUGUUGGGGAGGAAGAGGGUUCCGAAAGGGUCAUCACUUCGUGGCACAACAUCACGAUCGGACAGCCGUGGUUCAGGAAGUACGUAAUGGACUAUGUGACGAGAGGAUCUCGAGUCAUCAUCGAUGGAUCUCUGGCCUACCACAAGUCUACUCUGCCAGAUGGCUCUGUGAGAGUUUCAGCCAACGUAAAAGCAAAGGAGCUAAUUAUUCUGUCUACUCCAAGACAAGACGAAGAAUCGCGUGGACCACGAUACGACGACGACUUUCAUUCACCUCCUGACUCUUAG